AAACAAGGUGGUCAAGCCUUUAUUUCACAAACAAGUCCUCAAAGGCACAGGAUCACACACAUGGGGAAUGCUCCUUUCAAAUGUAAGGUAUGUGGGAAAGACUUUGCUUAUCCCAGUUUAUUUAGAAUCCAUCAGAGAACACAUACUGGAGAGAAGCCUCAUGAAUGUAAGCAGUGUGGCAACCUUUGCUAGAUCCAGUAACCUUCAGAUUCAUGGAAGAACGCAUACUGGAGAGAAGCCCUAUGAAUGUAAGCAGUGUGGCAAAGCCUUUUCUACAUGCAGUUACCUUCAGAUUCAUAGAAGAACGCAUACUGGAGAGAAGCCCUAUGAAUGUAAGCAGUGUGGAAAAGCCUUUACUAGAUCCACUUCCCUUCAGAUUCAUGGAAGAACGCAUACUGGAGAGAAGCCCUAUGAAUGUAAGCAGUGUGGCAAUUUCUUUGCUAGUUCCAGUUACCUUCCCAUACAUGAAAAAACUCAUACUGGAGAGAAGCCCUAUGAAUGUAUGCAGUGUGGCAAAGCCUUUGCUACAUCCACUUCCCUUCAGAUUCAUGGAAGAACACAUACUGGAGAGAAGCCCUUUGAAUGUAAGCAGUGUGGAAAGGCCUUCACUCGUUUCUCUGGCCUUCACUCACAUAAAACAAUUCAUACUUCAGAGAAGCCUUAUGCAUGUAAGCAGUGUGGCAAAGCGUUUGCUAGGUCCAGUAACCUUCGCAGACAUGAAAGAACACAUACUGGGGAGAAGCCCUAUGAAUGUAAGCCAUGUGGCAAGGCCUUUACUAGAUCCAGUGAGCUUCACUCACAUGAAAAAACUCAUACUGGAGAAAAGCCCUAUAAAUGUAAGCAAUGUGGGAAAGCCUUUGCUAGAUUCCGUUUCCUUCAGAUUCAUGGAAGAACGCAUACUGGAGAGAAGCCCUAUGAGUGUAAGCAGUGUGGAAAAGCCUUCACUCAUUUCUCUGGCCUUCACUCACAUAAAACAAUUCAUACUUCAGAGAAGCCUUAUGCAUGUAAGCAGUGUGGCAAAGCCUUCGCUCGUUCCUCUAGCCUUCAUUUACAUAAAAAAAAUCAUACUGGAGAAAAGCAUUAUGCAUGUAAGCAGUGUGGCAAAGCCUUUGCUACAUCCCGUAGCCUUAACAGACAUGGAAAGACCCUGGGAGACCAUGUCCUUACAACCAACUCAGAGCCCUGGUUCCACGAGGUGGUGGGCAGAGUGCAGCAGGCCAUGGAGGAGCAUCAGCGGUCCCUGAGCCCUUCCCCAGCAGCUGGGCACCCUGCACAACCUGUGGAGGCUGUGGCUGCAGCCCUGCUGUGGUCCCUUCCCCCUGUGCUGAACCGAUUUGGAAAAGUGAAAAAAGAUUAUCUGUCGGAGCGGAAGAAGCGGGGUCCGGCCAAGAGCACCAUCAAGGAGGUGCGGGACUCCGUGGUGCGGAGCCACUCAGGUCCGAGGAGGGGACGAGACCCUGGGCAGGAGGAGGCGGUGCCGGGAGACGGCGAGUCGCCAAAACCCAGCCCUGGGCGCAGAGAGCAGCACUGGGGUGGGGCGCAGAGGGAGGUGGGGGACCGAGAAGGAGGAGGGGGUGCAGGCCGAGCAGGAGGGGGGCCAGGGUCGAGCCGCGGAAACUGCGCCUGCGGGGGCCGCUCCCAGAUCGGGGGCCGCACCCGGAUCGAGUGGGGUGACACGCAUCACCCCAGGGCCUCGGAGACUCGCCUCCCCACGCUGAGACCCUCGGACCUCCGAACCCCUACAAGACCCGCACCCUGCCCACUCACGGCCUGA